UUCUUGAAACGCGUCGCCACAACACUCAUGUUCCAAGCACCUUUUCUGGGUCUAUUCAUGGUGGCUCUGAAUCUGUGGCAUGAUGACUACAAUUUUGAUUUGGGAUGGAAUGAGAUCCCUGUGUGGCAGGGGUGCUUAGUGUUCGGAGCCACCAAUCUUUGUGCCAAGGUAUCUAUGAGGUUGACUGGGUUUGAGGGUGUUCUGUAG